UGGAAACAAAUCCAGUUGCUUUUUUUCAAUUCGUUUUUGCGUUUAUUGUUAUUCUAUCGAAUCACUCCUCGUAACUUACAAAGAUGACGGAACGCAGACGCCGCGCUGGUGACUUGGACGAGUCGACUGAGCGGCUGCUGCAGAAUGACGAUGACAGCAACCACGGCCACAGCCACAGCCACGGCCACGGCCACUCCCAUGCCAACCCAGUCUCACUCCGCGAGCCGUCGCAUCGCCGACACGACCCGCUUGGUGCGCUGCCGCCUGCGUCGCCCGGUCAUCCCACCAUUGAAGGCGUCGUCUGGUUUGGCCUCGCGUUGCUCAUCUACCGGUUUACAAACUUUCCUGAAGUCAUCAUGUUUGACUCGCGCAUUCGCAGAUCUUACCUGCAUUUCGGACUCGCGUUGAUGGGUGUCAAUGUGCUGAUUUCUCUCUACCUCGUCGUGUACCUGCGAUGGAUUCGAAAAAGCCAAGCUGCGUGGGAGGUGGAAGCGCCGUACGCCAUUCCUAUCAUCACUGCGUGUGGCGUUCUUGCUGCAGUUCUACUAUCGAUUGCGAUCUGGCCUGUCUGGGGCAUUUUGUCGCCGUUCUUCCUGUUUGUUUUACUAAUGGGACUUGUGGUUGUGCUGCGGCUUCUGCCGUUUUAGAAUAAAUUCGUCUCUCUUGAAAACCCAAA